GACCGCCCAGCAGGGCGAAGAGGAGGUUGUGUGGACAAGCUGCUCCUGAGAGAAGGAUGCCACAGCUGAGCCUGUCCUGGCUGGGCCUGGGGCCGCUGGCAGCCUACCCGUGGCUGCUGCUGCUGCUGGUCGGAGUUUCCUGGCUCCUGGCCCGCGUCCUGGCCUGGACCUACGCCUUCUAUGACAACUGCAGCCGCCUCCGACGUUUCCCAGAGCCUCCCAAAACAAACUGGUUCUUGGGUCAUGCCGGACUGGUGAGUGUGGCAGCAGGACGGGUCUGGGGUGUCAGGGUGUGUGGACUUCUCCAGGACAGGAAGGGGCUCAGGGAGCCGGGGGUAGAGGUGGGCUGGGUUCUGGGACGGAGCCUUUCCCAACCCCCCUCUCCCCACACCUUGCCCUCUGACUUGGACCUGCUCUCCCCUGAUGAAGAUGGAAAGCAGUUGUCAGAUGAGAAUAUAAGAGCGGAGGCUGAUACCUUCAUGUUUGGUGGCCAUGACACCACGGCCAGUGGACUCUCCUGGGUCCUGUACAACCUUGCGAGGCAUCCAGAAUACCAGGAGCGCUGCCGGCAGGAGGUACAAGAGCUGCUGAGGGACCGCGAGCCCAAAGAGAUUGAAUGGGACGACCUGGCCCAGCUGCCCUUCCUCACCAUGUGCAUUAAGGAGAGUCUGCGCCUGCAUCCUUCAAUCCCAGUGAUCUCCCGACGCUGCACCCAGGACAUUGUGCUCCCAGAUGGCCGGGUCAUCCCCAAAGGUGUUAUCUGCUUCAUCAAUAUUAUCGGGACUCAUCAUAACCCAGCUGUGUGGCCAGACCCUGAGGUGUAUGACCCCUCCCGCUUCGACCCAGAAAACGUCAAGGAGAUGUCACCUCUGGCUUUUAUUCCAUUCUCCGCAGGGCCCAGGAACUGCAUCGGGCAGACGUUCGCCAUGACCGAGAUGAAGGUGGUCCUGGCGCUCACGCUGCUGCGCUUCCGCGUCCUGCCUGACGACACGGAGCCGCGCAGGAAGGUGGACAUGAUCAUGCGCGCAGAGGGCGGCCUCUGGCUGCGGGUGGAGCCGCUGGAGGCGGGCCAGCAGUGACCCCUCUACCCCAUCCACUUACCUUUGCAGAUUCCCGGGAAUAAAACUGUGCUGUCA